UUUCUUUUUUCCGCUGGUCAAAUUCAGCGAUAAACUUUGAUAGCUCAACUCGACGCCGACUGCCACCCCCUCAACUGCGGUAUCGGCACACAAUGGACGAGCUCUUUGACGUCUUCGAGGAGCAGCCUAGAGCUCCAAAGAAACGCAAGGCGAAUGUCGAAGUAACCGACGGCGACCAGCCGAAUCCUAACGAUGAGGAAGUUGCAGAGGAGCCCCCUCUAGCGGGCCAGCCACAAGAUAGCAAGCGCCGAAGGAAGGAGGGAGAAGCUGAACCCGUCCUCGCAGAUUCAUUCCAGACCGCUGAAUCCAGAGAGAUUGCCGCUGCUGAGGGGUUUGCGGCCGCACCAGGAGCCGAAUCUCUCGUCCUGUCCCACAACAUCCAGCAUCAGGUCGCAUUGCCCCCCGAUCUGGAUUACGAGUACAUUCCUCUGUCAGAACACAAGCCUCCAGAGGAGCCUGCCCGAGUCUAUCCAUUCAAGCUCGAUCCCUUCCAGAGUUUGUCGGUUGCGUCGAUCGAGAGAGAUGAGAGUGUGCUCGUUUCCGCGCACACCAGUGCCGGCAAGACUGUCGUUGCCGAAUAUGCAAUUGCCCAAUGCCUGAAGCGGAACCAGAGAGUCAUCUAUACCAGCCCGAUCAAGGCACUUAGCAAUCAGAAGUACCGAGAUUUCCAAGCCGAGUUUGGCGACGUCGGCCUGAUGACAGGAGAUGUCACCAUCAACCCGACCGCAAGCUGCCUCGUCAUGACGACCGAGAUUCUCCGUUCGAUGCUGUACAGAGGCUCUGAGAUCAUGCGCGAGGUCGCAUGGGUCAUCUUCGACGAGAUCCACUACAUGCGAGAUAAGAACCGCGGUGUGGUCUGGGAGGAGACCAUCAUCCUGCUCCCGGACAAGGUCCGAUACGUUUUCCUUUCCGCCACCAUUCCCAAUGCCUUCCAGUUUGCCGAAUGGAUCGCCAAGAUCCACCGACAGGCCUGCCACGUCGUGUAUACCGAUUUCCGGCCCACGCCUCUGCAAAAUUACUUCUUCCCGGCUGGUGGCAACGGCAUCUACUUGAUCGUCGACGAGAACAGCGUCUUCAAAGAGAGCAAUUUCAACGCUGCAAUGGCUAUGAUCGAGGAAAGGAAGGGAGCCGACCCUGCCGACUGGGCGGCAAAACAAAAGGGCAAGGGCAAAAACAAGAAGACCAACAAGGGUGGCGGCCCUAAUGAGGGCUCCGACAUUACAAAGAUCAUCAGAAUGAUCAUGAAGAAGAACUUCCACCCUGUCAUCGUGUUCAACUUCAGCAAGCGCGAGUGUGAGACGCUGGCUCUGACAGCCUCGCAAAUGGCGUUCAACGCACCUGACGAGAAAGCCAUGGUCGACAAGGUCUUCGAAAACGCCCUCCAGCAGCUCUCCGAUGAGGACCGCCAGCUUCCUCAGAUACAACAUAUCCUCCCAUUGCUGAGGAAGGGGAUCGGUAUCCACCACUCGGGCCUCUUGCCAAUCCUGAAGGAGACCAUCGAGAUCCUGUUCCAGGAAAAUCUCAUCAAGGUUCUCUUCGCGACAGAGACCUUCUCGAUCGGCCUGAACAUGCCUGCGAGAACCGUCGUCUUCACCCAGGUCACCAAGUUUGACGGCGUCCGAGUGCGGCCCUUGACUUCGUCAGAGUACGUCCAGAUGGCGGGACGGGCUGGUCGUAGAGGUCUCGACGACCGGGGAAUUGUCAUCAUGAUGGUCGAUGACAAGUUAGAACCGGAGACGGCAAGAUCCAUCGUGGUGGGGCACCAAGACAAGCUCAACUCGGCCUUCUACUUGGGAUACAACAUGGUUCUGAACUUAUUGCGAAUCGAGGCAGUUUCCCCAGAGUAUAUGUUGGAGCGGUGUUUCUUCCAGUUCCAGAACGCUGCCAGCGUUCCCGAAUUGGAAAAGCAGCUCGCCAGUCUGCAGCAGGAGCGGGACGGCAUGAUUAUUGCCGACGAGAGCACGGUCAAGGACUACUACACCCUUCGCAACCAGCUCGACGAAUACACCAAGGACAUGGUUUCAGUCAUCCAGCUGCCGACUUACUGCCUCGAGUUCCUCCAGCCGGGCCGUCUGGUGCGCGUCAAGACCCCGAGCGGGAUAGACUAUGGUUGGGGCGUCGUCCUAACAUUUGUACCUCGGCAAGCCCCGAAGUCAGGGGACGCCCAAUAUCCGCCGCAGGAGUCCUUCUUUAUGGAUGUCUGCCUCAGGAUAUCGCCCAAGAGCGCGACGUUUAACCCGGAAACCAAGUCCGGCGUUGUGCCACAGGGCCUGCUUCCGGCCGGGAAUGGGGGUAGUAAAUGGGAGGUAGUCCCGUGCCUGUUGACUUGCUUAAGCGCGUUGAGCCAAAUCCGGGUCUUUAUUCCUCCCAGAGUCAAGUCCUCCGAUGAGAAAUACCAAGUGGGCAGACAUGUCGAAGAGGUGGAGCGACGUUUUCCCGACGGUGUCCCGCCACUCGAUCCUCUGGAGGCGAUGGGUAUCCAGGACGAGUCCUUCAAGAAGCUCAUGCGGAAGAUCGAGGUACUCGAAUCCCGACUCGUCGCCAACCCGCUCCACAACUCGCCGCUGCUCCCUGAUCUGUGGGAGAAGUACUCCAAGAAGGUGGCCUUGGCGGACAAGAUCAAGGAGAAGAAGAAGGUCAUCGCGAAAGCGCACACCGUCGCACAGCUGGACGAGCUGAAGGCCCGGAAGCGAGUGCUGCGACGACUCGGUUUCAUCAACGAGGCCGAAGUGGUUGAGAUGAAGGCGCGUGUCGCUUGCGAAAUCUCGUCCACUGAGGGACACGAACUCGUCUUGGCCGAGCUCCUGUUCAACCGCUACUUCAACGAGCUGUCCCCCGAGGUCUGCGCCGCUGUGCUCAGCUGCUUCAUCUUCGACGAGAAAGUCGAGGCCACGCCCCUCAAGGAGGAGCUUGCCAAGCCGUUCCGCGACGUCCAGGCGCAAGCGAGGAUUGUCGCAAAGGUCAGCGCCGAGAGCAAGUUGCCCGUGAAUGAGGAGGAGUACGUGCAGGGCUUCAAGUGGCAGCUGAUGGAUACCGUUUAUGCAUGGGCUAACGGGAAGCCCUUUGCCGAGGUUUGCAAAAUGACGAACGCAUACGAAGGAUCCCUGAUUCGACUCUUCCGUCGUCUCGAAGAACUUCUCCGGCAGAUGGCCCAAGCCGGAAAGGUGAUGGGGAGCGAGGAACUGACGGAGAAGUUUGAGACCAGCUUGGCGAAGAUCCGGAGAGACAUUGUCUCCUUCAACAGUCUAUAUCUGUAGAGUAUUAUGGGCCGUCUUGCGUCGUACACGGAGACAUUCCUGGGAGUUUGUCUCGGUAGGAUCUCUGCAUCGUUUAUGGCGUUGGGAAGGAAUAAUACCAGGCUUGCAUUGUCUGAGGUUGACUUGUUCAGAUAAAACUCCUGAUGUCUUUAUAUGGUCUGAUAGAUAGAUAAACGGAAUGAACGAUCCAUUGAGAAUUGAUGGUCUGAUAGGGAGUCUCACGUCUCCAACACCUCCGAGUCUAAUGGGAGCAGGUCCGUGAAUCAACGGUAGUAUCCAUAUAUAUAUACCAUCAUCAGACAUAAAUACAGCUAGAACAGGCCAGCCUAUUCGAGAACAACAUGUAAACAAGGCUCACCGCCUAUUGCGG